AUGAAGAAACAAGUUGUUGAUUCUCCUAAGGUCAUUUCGGAAAUUACAAAGCUUGAGGCUUUUGAUGGAAAUAAUUUUAAACGUUGGAAAGAAAGGGUUUUGCCCAUCUUGGAAUUUACCGAAAUUGACCGGGUUCUUUAUGAGUCUAAACCCGAAGAUGAUCCCAAAAAUAUAGCAAAGUGGGAAAAAACAAAUAAAUUAUGUGUUCAUAUUAUUAAGUGUGGUUUAUCUAACAAGUUGUUUGAUAAUUAUUGUCAUUUUACUUGUCCUAAAGAUUUAUGGGAUGAACUUAACGGUCGUUAUGGGUUUGAGGAUGAGGGUGCUAAAAAGUUUGCUAUGGCUAAAUUUAUGUCUUUUCAAAUGGUUGAGGAAAAAAAUGUUUCUAGCCAAAUUGAAGAUUUUCAAAAAUUAGUAUCCGAACUAGCUAAAGAGGUUGAUAUUUUACCCGAGAAGUUUGUGACUCAUGGUCUUGUGUUUAAGUUGCCAGACUCUUGGAAAGAGUAUAAAUACUGGUAUAGCCACCAUAGAACCUAUUUGAAUUUUCAACAAACUAUUGUUAAUAUUCAGAUUGAAGAAACAAAUAGGAUAUCAGAAACGGUUUAUAGAGUUAAGGAAUUUACUUCCAAGGCUAAUGUUGUAGAGGGAGGACCCUCUAAACCUCCACAACAUAAUAAGAAACAUGCUUUCAAGGGAAAAGGAAACUUGCAUAAUAAAAAUGUCCCAAAUCCUCAAAUUCAAAAGAAAAAGGGUAACUAUUUUAUUUGUGGCAAAGUGGGUCAUUAUGUGGCAACAUGUAGGGCAAGAGGCAACUUCAACAACAAUAAGAACAACAACAAAGGCUUUACGUCAAAUAAGGCAAAUGUGGUGCAAACCAAAGAGAUCAUUGCAGCGGUGGUGUGUGAGGCACACUUGGUGACAAAAGUGAAGGGAUGGGUAGUUGACUGGGCUUGCACAAGACAUAUUGGUGCAUUCAAAGAGGAGUUUAGUUCCUACACUCCUAUGGCGGAAGACACCGAAUGUGUCUAUGUUGGGGACAAUAGGUCUGUGCUGGUGAGUGGUAAAGGGAAGGUACUCUUGAAGCUAACUUCCAGUAAAACUCUUUCACUUAAUAAUGUCCUUCAUUUAAUAAUGUCCUUCAUGUACCUCAAUAAUGUCUUUCAUUUAUAG